AUGACAAAAUUUUUAAUUUAAGAAGAAAUAAAAAGUUAUGAAUAAUAUUUUUAUACAAAUGUUGAAGAUAAGUAAUUCUUUUUAGGUGUUCCAGAAAUUAAUGCUUAUUUACCACUAACAUAAAAUGAAGAGUAAUAUUUGUAAAAUGAGCCAUUUCAUUAAUUUCUUACAUCAGAUAAUGAAGAAGAUUAUGAUGCUGAUUAAGGUAUUGAAGAUUAUUUAUCAAGUAAUGACAAAACUGUUAAUGAUAAGACUAUUGAAAACUUAGAUAUCACAAAUGAUGAAAAAAGUGAAAAAAUUAAUAAUUAAGUAGCAAAUUUCUCUUUAAACACAGAUAAAAAUGCAAUAUCUUCAAUUAACUCAGUUUCAAAAUCUCAACAAAAAACAGAACACAACAAUACAAUCAGGUAAAAUAUUUUUUCUAAAUCUCAUAUAAACACAGACGAAUCAACUUUUGAGUUAAGAAAAAAUAAUCAUUAAUCAAGUUUAAUUAAACUUUAAUAAGAUGAUUAAGUAUAAUUUAAUAUAAUUCCUCAUUAUAACUCUGAAUAAUCUAUUCAUUCAAGUCUAAAAGAGCCUUAAUAAUUUUAGUAUACGAAGCAACAAUCAUCUCAAUCAGUUAAAUUUUCUUAGAAUUAAGUUUAUAAUAACUAGAGUUAAGCAAACAAAGAUUAAUUAAUAUAACAGCUUUAAUAAGGCUAACAUUAAAAUCAGCAAUUAUAAUAAUCUCUUCCUUAGGUCUUAAAUUAUCAAAUUCUAAAAUUAAUUUGCUAAGCUAUGUAGUUACAGUAAAGUAACUAAAGUGGUAAUUAAGGAAAUAAUAUUUCAAAUAAUUAAUCUAGUCAUACUAUGUAGUAACCUGCAGGCUAAAAUAUUAGAAGACCUUCAUAUUAAAGGACUAAAACAAGGAAAGAUACUCACAAAAAAUCAGUUACUAUAAUGAGAUAUAAGACAUUUAAAUAAACCAUAUAGCCAAUUUUAUAGAAUGCUCAAAAUAUUACCUAAGUGGAUAGUCAUUAAUUAGAUAGCUAACAAAAAUAAAGACAACAAUAAUUUUAUUUCUUUGACUUUGAAAAGAUUAAAAAUAUGGUGAAAUAUUUCCCAAAAUAUAAUCUGCAAAAUGUUAUUAAUAUUCAAAACAAAUACUUCAAGCUAAGAAUGAAUAGUAUUAGAAAAUCAAUCAAAAAAGAAAAUAACGUAGAUAAUAGAAGCCCGACAUUUAUAGGUAGACCUUCUAUUUAAUAAGGUCUUUCUCCUACUAGAAAAAGGAAAGAAUAGCGUUCUAAUGCUAUAAACUCACCUUUCUAAAUAAGAUGCAAGCAAGUUAAGCAAACGAUAGUCCUUUAAAAUUGA